AUGUAUAAAGCAAGUUCUAUCUUUACGAAUAUUAACGAACUUCCUUUCAAUAAUGAAGAAGAAAGAACCAAGCUACGCGUUUUUUUUGCUUACAACGACGCAACUAAAGUAGAAGCAAUUCUUUCGACGAUUACAAAAGAUGAAGCGAAAGUUGAAUUCUUGAGGGGAUAUGUCGACAAGUCAAGAGAUGAACAUCAAGGCGUGCUUCAGAAAGAUUUAGAAAAGGCCAUAAGAAGUGCCGUCCGUGAAGAACUUUCCCAAAAAAAUCCUGAGGUUAUCUCAGCAUCAGGUCUGUCCGAUAACAAAAUGAAUAAAAUUAUGAAUAAAAUCGGGAUGAAAACCAUUGUUCUAUGUGCGGAUGACUUUAAAUCGUUUGAACCCGUAUCGUGUUCUCCAUUCGAAUGGAACGAAAAUGAAGAUGAAUCGGCACAGAUGAAAGAAGUCGUUAAAUGGUUUAAGAAUGUAUUAAAAUUGCCGAGAGAUUGUCAAGUGAAAGAUAUCCACACGCAAAUAAAAAAUCAAACACAUUUAGAAAGCGCAAAUACCAUUAUAACAGGCGGUAGUGAUAUUUCCAUAGGUCCAAGUGCAACCUCGGUCAUCUGGAUUGAAACAAAAAUAGAUUUUAAUGAUUUCAAAAAAGGUCAAGCCAUGGGAGAAUUGUUUCUGAUUGAUAAACUCCACCCAACACACUCAAUGACCGUUCUUACCGAUUGUAAGGAUAACUGGAUCUUAUUUUUCUUCCUGAAAAUAGACAAUGAGCAAACAAUUGCUGUUUGUGAAAUCAAUAACCGUGGUGUGGCCUUAACGAUAAUCAAACAGUUCGUGCUUGAAGAAACAAAUAGACUUAAUGGUUGGAUAGGAAAACUGGUUACUCAUACAACAAUUUCUGCACCCCCUCUUCUUAAGAAAACCAAAUUUCUUGAACGUAUUGAAAUAAAUGAAGAUAGAAUGUCAGAAAUUAUUGAUGAUUUAUCCGAACAAGAGUUAUUCAAUAUGGAUAUUCGCAACAAAUUACGAGUGUUGAAAGAUUAUGUUAAAUUAGAUGAACAGCGACAAUUGGACCACCUUAUUAGCCAUUUUAAUGAUGAUUAUGAAGUGCCUCCAAUGUUUGUUUGA